GAAAGGACAGGCCACCAGGAACCAAGAGCGUCUUCAUGGGAAGGACUACUUCUUGGCAUCCAAGCCUCCUGCCAUGUCUGACCCCAUCACACUGAACGUUGGGGGGAAGCUCUACACAACCUCACUGGCAACCCUGACCAGCUUCCCUGACUCCAUGCUGGGCGCCAUGUUCAGUGGGAAGAUGCCCACCAAGAGGGACAGCCAGGGCAACUGCUUCAUCGACCGUGACGGGAAAGUGUUCCGCUACAUCCUCAAUUUCCUGCGGACCUCCCACCUGGACCUGCCUGAGGACUUCCAGGAAAUGGGCCUGCUCCGCAGGGAAGCCGACUUCUAUCAGGUGCAGCCCCUGAUUGAGGCCCUGCAGGAGAAGGAGGUGGAGCUCUCCAAGGCAGAGAAGAACGCCAUGCUCAACAUCACACUGAACCAGCAUGUGCAGACAGUCCACUUCACCGUGCGUGAGGCACCCCAGAUCUACAGCCUGUCGUCCUCCAGCAUGGAGGUCUUCAAUGCCAACAUCUUCAGCACCUCUUGCCUCUUCCUCAAGCUCCUUGGCUCCAAGCUCUUCUAUUGCUCCAAUGGCAACCUCUCCUCCAUCACCAGCCACUUGCAGGACCCCAACCACCUGACCCUGGACUGGGUGGCCAAUGUGGAGGGCCUGCCGGAGGAGGAGUACACCAAGCAAAACCUCAAGAGGCUCUGGGUGGUGCCCGCCAACAAGCAAAUCAACAGCUUCCAGGUCUUCGUGGAGGAGGUCCUGAAAAUCGCGCUGAGUGAUGGCUUCUGCAUCGAUUCUUCUCACCCACACGCUCUGGAUUUUAUGAACAAUAAGAUUAUUCGAUUAAUACGGUACAGGUAGGAGGACCCCAGCAGCACUGGGGAGGGGAGUCCCAAGAAGCUCAUGUCAGCCAGUCUUGAGAGUGUCUCGCCAGUGGUAUGAGGCGGGGACUAUACUAAUCUGUAUUAAUUGUGUAGCAGGACUUGAUUCCUCGUGUGAUGAAGUCCACCCUUUGGAAUCCACAUGUCCUCUGAUCAGAACCACCUUUUUCUUGCCAUUUUGAGCUGGAGCUAGGCAGUUUAUUAUGACAAGUGAAGUGUUGGCUGAUGUGUAUUCAGGGAGGCCGCAGGAGGGCUUUCUGGUUGGGACAGAGGAGCAGCAGUCUUCUCAUGGACUCUGUCCCUCUUUGUCCCACUAGCCAGUGCCCCAGUUACCCAUCUGUAAAAGGCCUGGCAGAGGGGAGCAUGGGGGAGAGAACACGACGCUUCCUCCAGUCUCCAGGACAUAAAGUGCCCAGCAGUUCCCAUCAUUCCUGCUCUUCCCUCCGUAGGAGGCCUCCGGGACUGUGGAUGUGUUUGCCCAGGGGUGGCCGUGUUGGGCUGGCUUGGAGAGCAGUGUGUUCUCAGAGCUCUGUUUGUGUGCCCCACUGGGGAAAGAGCUGAGCUGUGGCAUGGUCUGGAGGAGUGUGCAUCCAGGCAAGGCUUAGAAGGCAGGAAUACCCCUUGUGACGGGGCCGAAUCUAGGGAUCUCUGGCUUCAGAAAUGGGCUGCUGUCCCUGCGAAGAUGCGGAAGUAUCUGGAGCCAGUGUCAUGAAAGGUACUUUCAUGAAAGUCGGAGUCCAGCCGACUGCCUGACUUUUGUAAUCCUUUUCCCCCAGAUUUGAGGGAUCAUUGAAAUGGUCAUUUUAAACAAAUAUAUUAUGGAUUCUCAGGGUUGAAAAAUAAUUCAAUGAUUGCUCAGUCCUCCCCCACCCUCAGCACAGCCCAGUGCAUUUGGGAUGAA